CUGAACGACAUAUGGCCGGCGCCGACCUGGGCUUCCAUAGAGUUCGGCGGCAAAUGAAAAAUAUUGCACUCAUUUGCCCGACAUUUCUACCAUAACCUAUUGGUGUCACCACAUUUGGAUAAUAAUAUCAUUAAGGUAUCGUUAGUUCGCAACGAGUAUUACGGGAAACUGGACUUUGAUUUGUCGGUCAAAGUAUACGAUUGGUCACAGAAUCGGCCCAUUUAUGAGCACAAGUCUUGCCACUCGUCCGACAGUUUCAGCGCACAACUUGUGUAUAACAUAACUGUUGCCGAACUGUAUAGAGUGGCCAAAUGUCCUCAAACUGACUGUCACAGUGAUUGGGUGUUGAGUAUAGAGGUGACAAACACCGAGCGCAAAUUACAGGCAAAUAAUUUCCUACUGUUACCGGAGCCCAAAAACUCGCACAUAAUUCAGCCUAAUAUCAAAGUGUUGGACGUGAAGGAGGUUAAGGGGGCCGAGGGUUCAGCCCCUGUGGGCCCGCAUUCUCUGUCAAACAGCCGUACGUUUAGUAUAAGCCUAUCGUCCAAAACGAUCGCACCGUUUGUUUCGCUGGACUUUUGGCCGAAGACUGGAAUUAGCGGUCAUUUCAUGAAAAACGCAUUCUUUAUAUUUGACGACAAAAAGUGUGUUAUAUUUUGCACCGAAUCUAAUGUUUCGGAUAAACAGAUUAGAGAUAAUCUCGUCAUUAAAUCCGUUACUGAUGUUAUUGUUUAA